AUGGAUGACCCGGCCACACGCAUCCCGGGGCAGCUGCUCCCCCACAUGCAUCUGGUCUCGCGCAACCGAUACCCUAGCAUGCACAUGAUGCCCUCCGAGACCGCUGUCGAGUAUUUGACGAGCGCACCCCGGAUCUGCCAAACCCAGCCAAUGCAUUGGACAUUCCUAGAUGGUCCCCCGGACGGUACUGUCAUGCUUACCUGGCAGCCACAGAACCACCUAGGCAAUAAUUUUGCUAGUGAUGGUUAUAUCUGGGCCGACCAGGAACAGGCCUUUACCUUUGAAUCCCGCGGCUAUACCGUCGAAAUGUACCUUCACCGAAGUGGUUUCCAUCCUCCCAAUGAGCCCGUGGCGACACACUGUCGCAAGCGCUACCGCAUUACCUCGUCCAAAGAUCAUGCCCCUGCAAACCGUAUCCAAGUUACACCCCAGAUCCAGGGCAUGAUGGGCCAGCGCCGCUUCCUUCAGAGCCAAGGACAAUUGGCCCGCAAGGACUUUUUGCUUCAUGAUCGCAACAGCUGGCCAGUUAUCAAUUUCCCGCAAAUGACCCCACAGAACUUUGCGCAACCCGGCGCUUACCCGGCUGCUGCCCCUCGCGGACCUGGUGCAGUUGCGCCCAAUGCCCCCGUGGCCAAAGGGCCGCGCGGACACCGUACGCCAUCAGCUGCUCUCGCUUCUGCAACAGCUGAUUUUGCUAUUGAAGAUGAGGACGUUUCCAGUGGUGAUGCUAUGGAUCUUUUGACGCCCCGCGAUGUCAGCAAGAUCCGAUACCAGCAGCAUCACGAGUGGAUGGAGGAAAUUUUCGCGUCGCCAUACAGCAUUUCACAAAUUACACCAGUUUCUUUGGGUCUAGGCCGAAAGGGAGAGCUCGAGUCCCUGACUGCAGGCUUCUUCGAUGCUCCUGUUGGAACCUCCGGUGGGGAAGGCCAGGAGGCGGGCGACGCCCCGCAGGCUAACAAGAUGGAGCCGGCCAAAGCAGAGGAGUUCGCCGAGCGGGUCUCCAAAAAGGUGGCGGACAUGACCGCUGAAAUCGAAAACUUGAAGAAACAGCAUGCUCGCCGGAUGCAACGUUUCAACCGAACCUCCUUGCUGAAGGAUGCUGAGUUGCGCCUCCGAGAGUCUGCCGCUGACCCGACCGAAAAGGGCCCAGAGAUUUGGAGAUUGGAGGGCCGAGUGGUUAUUCCAACGGAGGAUGAAACUCCGCAAUUGGAUUACAUUGAAGAUAAGGCCAAAUACAGAGUUGACGAGGUAGUUCGGGAGGUUGAGACUGCCUGGAAUAAGCAAAUCGUUGCCGAGCCCAAGGUAUCUUGUGUCGAGAAGGGUGGCUUGUUGGAGAAGAUUGAACCCGAACACAAAGACGAGCCUGACUCAUUUACCAAUGAUAUGGUCAUGGACGACGAUUCCCACCUACUCAACCAGUUUGGCAGCCCAGGGGUUGGCGCAGGCGCAGUAUCAGGUGUUUCUGUCAAUGGACAGCCAAUCCAUGGCGCUAAUAUGUCCGGUGAUGUUGACAUGGAUCUGGGCGACCAGCUCCACGGUGCUACCAAUGGCCAGACUAAUGACUGGGUAAUGGUGAACAAUGAGGCCAAAGAUCAUGGGCCAGUUGGUGAAGACUUCGACUUUACCAACAUUGACAGUGCCGGAGAUGCCUUGGCCGCUUACAGCGAGCAGAACGAUGGGCUUGACUUGCCAGACCUGGAGAACUCGGCAUUUGGCGAUGCAUUCCAUGCAUCUGACAACGAACACUCGCACAACCCCGAUACGGACGACAUUUCCUAG